CGGGCACCAGGGGGCGCUGCGGCCGGCUCGCGGGCACGUGACAGCCGCGCGGUCACGUGACGGGCCCGGAAGCGGCGGCGGCGCGGCGGAGCGCCACCAUGUCCACCCAACGCCUCCGCCGGGAGGACUACCAAGACUACAGCUCAACCGACGCCAGCCCCGAGGAGACCCCGUCAGAAGACCCAAGCCAUGCCACCCCACCCGGCUCCUACCAGCGCCUCGGGGGAACCCAGGGCACCACAUGGCUCCAGACACUGGUCCACCUGCUGAAGGGCAACAUUGGCACUGGCCUCCUGGGGCUGCCGCUGGCCGUGAAGAACGCCGGCAUCCUGGUGGGCCCGCUCAGCCUGCUGGUGAUGGGCGUGGUGGCCGUGCACUGCAUGGGGCUCCUGGUCAAGUGCGCCCACCACUUCUGCCACAGGCUUAACAAGCCCUUCGUGGACUACGGGGACGCGGUCAUGUACGGCCUGGAGUCCUGCCCCAGCCCCUGGCUUCAGAACCACGCCCAGUGGGGCAGCGUCCCUUCCCGCAGGCGCGUGGUGGACUUCUUCCUCGUCAUCACGCAGCUCGGCUUCUGCUGUGUCUACUUUGUCUUCUUGGCUGUCAACAUCAAGCAGGUGGUCGAGGCGGCCAACGCCACCAGCAGCGACUGCCACAGCAACGCCACGGUGGUGCUGACGCCGUCCAUGGACACGCGGCUGUACAUGCUGGCGCUGCUGCCCUUCCUGGUGCUGCUGGUGUUCGUGCGCAGCCUGCGCGUGCUGGCCGUGCUGUCCACGCUGGCCAACGUCAGCAUGCUGCUCAGCCUCGUGCUCAUCUACCAGCGGCUGCUGCAGAGGAUCCCAGACCCCCGUGCCCUGCCCCUGGUGGCCUUGUGGAAGACGUACCCUCUCUUCUUCGGCACGGCCAUCUUUGCCUUCGAAGGCAUUGGCGUGGUGCUGCCCCUGGAGAAUAAGAUGAAGGAGCCGUGGCGGUUCCCGGUGCUGCUGUACGUGGGUAUGGGCCUCGUCACGGCCCUCUACCUCAGCCUCGGCUGCCUGGGCUACCUGCAGUUCGGGGCGGCCGUGCAGGCCAGCAUCACCCUCAACCUGCCCAGCUGCUGGCUGUACCAGGCGGUGAAGCUGCUCUACUCCUUCGGCAUCUUCUUCACGUUCGCGCUGCAGUUCUACGUCCCCGCCCAGAUCCUCGUGCCCUUCUUCGUGGCCCGCGUGUCCGCGGGCUGCGAGCUGGCCGUGGACCUGCUGGUGCGCACCGCGUUGGUCUGCCUCACCUGUGUCCUGGCCAUCCUCAUCCCCCGCCUGGACCUGGUCCUGGCCCUGGUGGGCUCGGUGAGCAGCAGCGCGCUGGCCCUCAUCAUCCCGCCCCUGCUGGAGGUGGCCACCUUCUCCGCGGAGGGCCUGAGCCCCCUCACCCUCGCCAAGGACGCGCUCAUCAGCCUCCUGGGCCUCCUGGGCUUUGCGGUGGGCACCUACCAGGCGCUGGACGAGCUCCUCCAGCCCGGCCACGGCCCUGUCCUCAUCCACCCCAUCGGUGCCUCUGUGUAGCUGUCACGUGCACCAGCAGCCCGGCCAGGUCCCCGCGGUGCAGGGAGAGCACGGUGGGGCCAGGCCCCUCGCAUGGCCACGUCUGAACGCAGCACGGUUGCUGUGUCCCCUCCCGGCUCCCCCGGGGCCCCCCACGCGGGCGGGGAGCGUGGCGCUGGCCGCCAGUCCCCGGGGGUCCCAAGACUGGCGCUCCGUCACGGUGCCUGUGACGUCGGACUGCUUCUAGAUGCCUCUGCCGGGCAUGUUCCCCGAGGGCUUGAGGGCCAGAGCACUGGUGUCGGGACUCCUCCUGGCCAGCCGCCGAUUGGGGACAGUCCCCAGGAGGCACAUGAGCACUGUGCUGCGAGUCUGCGUGUGACACUCCCCCUCCCAGUCCCGGCUCCCACCUGUCAGGGGCCCGUCACCCUGCCUGCCCCUCGGAUGGGCCUCGAGCCUGGCCCGCGGUGCUGCCCACUGCCCAUUGACUCUCCACGCCCCAGCCCCCCACCCCCCAGUGGUGAGCGGACCUGGGCAGAGGUUCAGUGUCCCCUGCUGGCGGGGACACCAGGGGGCAGCGGUCGCCCGUGCUGAGCUGGUUCCUGCACUUCUGUCUCAGGGCAGGGUGGGAGAGCCCGUGGGGACCUCACCCGUGGUGCUGUGUCGACGCCCAGCUCCUGUGUGGAUCACGGGGGUCCCAGGAGCCCCCCGAGACCCCCCUGCACCCUCAACCCGUGUCGACUCAAUAAAGGGCCUUGGUGGUAGU